AUGCACCAGGUAGACUAUCCUCUGGGCUCCCGCUUCCCUGAACCCCGCAGGGGCCCCGCUUUCCACUGCCCGCCUUGCGGGUGCAAGCUCUUUCUCCAGCAGCCUUCCUGGAUUUCCCCACCUUUAAAUGGCUCCUUGGAGCAGGAGUCUCAGAAGCAGCUGACAGAGGUGCUAGGAGGGACCCUGGACUGCCCUCGUGAGGAUGGACUGGCAGUGCUCACUGCCAUUGUCGCUGUCUUUGUCCUGCUGGCGGUCUGUAUUGUGGUGGUGGUGCACUUUUGGCCGAAGCUGCAUCAUGGCUCAGCCACUCUGCCCACGGAACCUUCAGCCCCAAAGCCAGAGGGCGGCAUCUACCUCAUCCACUGGCGAGUGCUGGGCUUCCAGGACUGUCAUGAAACUAUCCGUCAGGGGCCCUCUGUUCCUGGUGCCUGUCAUGUGCUGGCAGGGCCCAGGCUCAGCCUUGAGGAAGUCACAUAUCUAUAA